AUGGUAUCUUUCCGAUGGCCAAGUGCCAUCUUAAGCCCGUUCACCUCUCUGUCCGCACCAAUAUACCUGCAAUUCAAUUAUUUAUCGACUGAGAAUCGGCGCGAUUUUUGUGGCGUUGAAAACAAAGGAAAAUCGAGAAAAUCCAUUGUUUGGAUGGAAUUUAUAUUCCCCGUCAGUAGCAUCAUGACCCCAUCUUUCUAUCAUUUUUUUACUUUCUUUUUCUCGUUUUUCUUUCGUCCUUUUCUUCCUUUUUCCUAUUCCUUUCUUUUUCUCAUUUCUUUCUUUCUUCCUUUUCUCAUUUCUUCUUUUACUCAGUUGUUUCUUCCUUUUCACAUUUUUCUUUCUUUCUUUUCUUCCUUUUUCUCAUUCCUUUCUUUCUUUCUUUCUUUCUUUCAUUUCUUACUUCCUUUUGUUCCUUUUCAGAUUUUCUUUCUUUUCUUCCUUUUUCUCAUUUCUUUCUUUCUUUCUUUCAUUUCUUACUUCCUUUUCUUCCUUUUUCGCAUUUUCUUUUUCUUCCUUUUUCUCAUUUCUUUCUUUCUUUGCUUCCUUUUCUCAUUUCUUUUUCUCAUUUCUUUCGUCCUUUUAUUCAUUUUCUCAUUUCUUUCUUUCUUUCUUUCCUUUCUUACUUCCUUUUCUUCCUUUUUAUUUCUUCCUUUUUCUCAUCUCUUUCUUUCUUUCAUUUCUUUUUACUUCUUUUUCUCAAUUCUUCCUUUUCAUCCGUCAUCGUUUUCAUUUCCUUCUUCGUUUGUGACAUGUACCCGACAUAAUCGGCUCCGUAUCUAUGCUAUUUGCUCUUGCCUGCCAGCUCUCUCAGUAUUUAUAUCUAUACCCUUUGUUAAUAUCUACCUCAGUCUAUUCAUAUCUAUCUAUCUAUCUAUCUAUCUAUCUAUCUAUCUCGAUCUCACCCUAUCUCUCUAUUUAGAUCUGUUACUCUCUGUCACGAUUAUCCUUGUCUCUUCAUAUCUAUGUACUGUCUAUCCUUGUCUCUUCAUAUCUAUUAAAGAGACAAAUACAGAGAUAUCUAUCUCCAUCUGUUCAUAUCUAUCUAUCUAUCUAUCUAUCUAUUGA